UGGCUGACGCGUGCACCCUGGGGCGCCGCCGUGUGUGGAGUAACCGGGUACGUACACGACAGGAUGAGGCAGUCCCGAGCAGCUGGUACAACUGCCGUCAACACCUGAGCACCUGGCAACAUGAACCUCAGCCUCCAACAACGCCUGCUCCUGCUCUGUGCCCUCCUCCUGUGCUGGGCCUGCAUUGGUGCGUACGGGCUGCAGUGUUUCGCCUGUCUGCAGCAGAUCAGCCACGACGCCUGCAACAGGAUGUCUCCCCAGAACUGCACAGGGAAGGACGAGAACGCCUGCUACACGCAGGUAGAGAGGUACCUGCACACGGGCAAGAAAAUCUCCAAGGGUUGUUCCAACACCAUCCGUUGCCGAAAAGGCGAGUCCCUCAACCACGACUGCGAACGGCCGCCCCGGAAGUGCACUUACUGCUGCGAGGGGAACCUCUGCAAUAGGUCCAACGGCCAGCAGAGGGCGCUGUCGCACAGUGUGCUGUUCACCACAUGUCUGGCUUUGACGGUGCUCCUCGUCACUAGCUGCGGACUGGAUGUCUGACAGUGGGGCAUAUUAAAAAUCUUGAAAACUAUCCGUUAUAUUAAUGUGUUGGUGAAGUUGUGGCCACAGUUUCUAGUUGAUAUUCAAGAAUCGAACGACGUGCUGCAGCUGCGAUAUUAAAAGGUGCAUACUUGUUUUGAGCGUAAUAUAAUAAAUUCCCACAUGAUGUACAACUAUGGGGGACUCGCUUCAGAGUAUUUGAUCCGGUCCCUAUGAAAUAUUGCGUGGGUAUACGCUCAUCAUUGCCAGAGGAAAAUCUACAUACUCUAGUUUCAAAUUUAGGGACAUUGCAGCCUUGUGCUUUCAGUCCCGUCACUCAGCUGCAGUAUCAGUAUCAGGACUUGUAAUAAGUGGCUGUCUACAGUUCGACAUAUUCUCGCAAGGUGACGCACUUGAGUAACGAUCAGUGUCGCCUGUUAACGUUGUCUGUAUGUAUCUAAACAUUGUAACUCCGUCCUCAGAACUCUACCAGUGUAGUUAAAGAAGUAUUGAAGUGGAUGAAUGUAACAUAUACUGACUCAGAAAACAUGAUAUGCCAGGUGCCGGUUGUGAAUCAAAUGUGCUAUGAAAUUCUAAUGUAAGUUACUAAGGUCUUUAGAUUUCAACUUGACUGCAUACACAAUUUUUGCUGUGACGCUGCAGUUGAUGUAUAUUUGGUCUUGGGAUGUGAAUGACGUGCCAAAUGUGUGAAUAAUUGAUAUAGUUUUGUAGAAGCUAUGUAUAAUGAUAUGAUGUAUAUUGAACUUUCUAUGACUGUCUUGUUGAACAAGCUUAGAUGUGGUGCGUUAUGAAAGAAAGCAUAAGAACAGAUACAUUGUAGGCCUAUAAUAAUUCUUUCAGAAUUCGUUUUGAAUUCUCAAAAACUUUGACUAUAAAAGGCAACAUUUGCAAAUAACAUGUAUAAUGUUUACGUAGACUAGCCUAAAAAUACUAGUGUAUGGUGACCAGCCCCUCCAGCUGUCCUGCUACAUAAUGUAACCCAACACCAAACCCUAAGACCAGCAACUGUUACCAUGGUGACAGACGUCUGGUCCAAGUCAUUGACCUUGUGUGUUUGGAAAAGAAGAAACAAAGAAAAAACUAUGUUUUCCUUCCACCUAUUCGUGACUUUGGAAGCGAAACGUCAAACGUUCCAAGUAAAAAACAAGAUACCCUCUGUGAUGAAGUGUGUUGUAUGGAAUCACACCUAUUCACAGCUCUUUAACUAUUAGCUGUUGUUCCUGAAUAGUUAAAAAUGAACUACAUGACGUUUUAUGUCUAAUAUCAGCCUUUUGAUAUAAUGUUAUGUACCACAGUGUAUGUACUUGCUGAUGUAAUAAAG